AUGUCUGAAGAGCGCGCAAACCCGGUCGAGGUCGUCAUGGCCCAGCCAGAGAAAGUCAUCGCCGACCACGAUCUGAUGGGCGAGAAACUCCAUGCCACUCACUCCGAGGCCGUGCACUUUGGUGAACUCUCUCAAGAAGAGAAGCACCUCGAGAAGAAGUUGAAAAGGAAGAUCGACUCCUUGAUCAUGCCACUGGUCAUGCUGGUCUAUCUACUCAAUUACAUCGACCGUAACAACUACGCUGCCGCUCGUCUGCAGGGUCUGGAGAAGGAUCUCCACUUGAAGGGCGAUGACUAUCAGAUUGGCGUCUCAGUCUUGUUCGUCGGCUACAUUCUUGGUCAGGUGCCGUCGAAUCUCCUGCUCAACCACGUUGGAAAGCCUAGCUUCUACCUCGGUGGCUGGACGAUUGCAUGGGGCCUUGUCUCCCUCCUCACAAGCCAGGUCAAGAGUGCCACGAGCAUCAUCGUUUGCCGUUUCGUUCUCGGCUUGUGCGAGAGCCCUUUCUUCGCCGGAGUCCUCUUCUACUUGAGCAGGUGGUAUACCAAAGGAGAGAUCAAUUUUCGCAUGUCCCUUUUCUUCUCGGCAAGUAUGAUAUCUGGCGCCUUCGGGUCCCUAAUCGCUGCCGGCAUCCUCUCAGGCCUGAACGGAAGGGACGGCCUUGCAGCUUGGCAAUGGUUGUACAUCAUUGAGGGAUCGGUCACGAUUGCCGUUGGGAUACUUAUCUGCUGCAUCCUGCCCGACUUCCCCCAUACCUGGAGAAUGCUCUCACCUGAGCUCAAAGAUAUUGCUCAACGCCGACUCGCCAUCGAUGCCGCUGAGGCUGACCUCGACGAAGGAGGCGCCCAAGGCCAGCUCAAAGGUCUCAAGAUGGCCCUUACUGAUCCGAAAGUCUACCUCCUCGCCUUAGCGUACUUCUGCCAAACUGGCGCAGCUGGCUUCCAGUUCUUCUUCCCAACCCUCACGGCCUUGCUCGGCUACUCACACAUCAUCUCCCUCCUCCUGGUCGCACCUCCCUACAUCUUCAUCACCUUCUACUCUUACAUCCACGGGCUUGCCUCAGACCGAUACAAGAAGCGUUUCUGGUUCUUUGUCUACCCUAUUCCCAUCACCAUCGCUGGCUGGAUCAUCUUCAUGUGCACCAAAGACUUUGGCGCCCGCUACUUCUCCUUCUUCCUGAUGGUCUUCAUCUUCUGUCAGAACGGCACUAUUUACGCCUGGAUCGCUGGCGCCAUCCCUCGCCCACCCGCAAAGCGCGCCGCAGCAUUCGCCUUCAUCAACGCCAUCGGGAACUCCUCCUCGAUCUGGACGCCGUACACCUACCGCACCCAGGACGCGCCUUACUACCGGCUUGCGCUGGGCGUCUGCAUCGCGCUGCAGACCGUCGGAUUCCUGGCGGCGCUGACGCUCAAGUUCAUGCUGGAGAAGGAGAACAAAAAGCUUGAUCACUUGGAGCAGGAGGAUGCAGUGCUCACGGGGACGGAUGUACAGAGGCUGCAGCGAACGGCCGAGGUCGAAGGUGUUGAUCUUGCGGAGGCGAGACGCUUUCAGAAGAGCUACCGCUAUGUCAUCUAA